AUGACUGGACCAGCAUCUACAGUGAUACGGCAGGCUUCUCGUGCCUGCGCUCGCCGAUUUUCCAACAAUGCAAGCCUUUCUUCACGAUCCGGAACUGCUUCCAUUGCCUCUUCACACUUCAUCUGUCGUCGCAGCUAUGUCUCCGAGUCCAAACCAGCCAACGCACAGGUCGCUGAUGUCGAGUCUGCUAUCAAGGCAGACCAGAAGAAAUUUAUUCAAGAGAGUGGCAAUCUCCCCUCCCAGGUCAAGAUGCCCGGGACUGAUAUCACCGCCGAUGCCAUGCUGAGUCCCCAAGCUGGCAUUCUCAAGCACGCAACCAUUAUGGAUCAGGGUACUCGCCCGAUCUACCUGGAUGCGCAGGCGACAACUCCAGUUGAUCCCAGAGUUCUCGAUGCCAUGCUCCCUUUCCUCACUGGCCUCUUUGGCAACCCUCAUUCUAGAACGCACGCCUAUGGUUGGGAAAGCGAGAAGGCCACCGAACAAGCAAGAGAACACAUUGCGAAACUGAUUGGCGCAGACCCCAAGGAAAUUAUUUUUACAAGCGGUGCCACCGAGAGUAACAACAUGAGCAUCAAGGGUGUCGCCAGGUUCUUUGGCAGGUCGGGCAAGAAGAAGCAUAUCAUCACGAGUCAGACGGAACAUAAAUGCGUCUUGGACAGCUGUCGACAUUUACAAGAUGAAGGCUUCGAGGUUACAUAUUUGCCAGUCGACUCAAGCGGCUUGAUCAAUCUACAACAGCUCGAGGAAGCAAUUAAGCCAGAAACUGCAUUGGUCAGUAUCAUGACGGUCAACAACGAGAUCGGUGUUAUACAGCCCAUGAAAGAGAUCGGACAGCUGUGUCGAUCAAAGAAGGUAUAUUUUCACAGCGACGGUGCGCAGGCGGUCGGCAAGAUUCCUAUUAGUGUUAAUGACUGGAAUGUCGACCUGAUGUCGAUUUCGAGCCACAAAAUCUACGGGCCCAAGGGUAUUGGGGCAUGCUAUGUUAGACGACGGCCUCGUGUUAGGUUGGACCCCAUCAUCAGUGGUGGCGGUCAAGAGCGAGGUCUCCGCAGUGGUACCCUCGCUCCCCAUCUGGUGGUCGGCUUUGGAGAGGCUUGUCGUAUUGCCAAAGAGGAGAUGGAGUACGAUUCCAAACGCAUCAACUCUCUUUCCAAGCGACUUGUGGAUGGACUGCUUGCGAUGGAACACACGUCUUUGAAUGGAGACCCUACUCGACGCUAUCCUGGGUGUGUCAACGUGUCCUUUGCCUACGUUGAAGGAGAGUCACUCUUGAUGGCCCUCAAGGAUAUUGCACUCUCCUCUGGGAGUGCUUGCACCUCUGCGUCUUUGGAGCCCAGCUAUGUUCUUCGAGCUUUGGGAAACAGUGACGAAAGCGCGCACAGCAGUAUCCGGUUUGGCAUUGGACGUUUCACCACGACCAGCGAAAUCGACUACGUUCUGAAAGCUGUUCGUGAACGUGUCACCUUCCUAAGAGAACUCAGCCCUCUGUGGGAAUUGGUCCAGGAAGGUAUCGACUUGAAUACCAUCGAAUGGAGUCAGCACUGA